AUGAUACGCUUCAUCCUGCUCCAAAACCGUCAAGGCAAGACGCGCUUGGCCAAGUAUUACGUCCCGUUCGCCGACGAUGAAAAGCGAAAAUUAGAAUCCGAAGUCCACCGCCUCGUCGUCAACCGCGACCCGAAGCACACGAACUUCGUGGAGUUUCGCAACUAUAAAGUGAUAUACAGACGCUACGCCGGGUUGUUCUUCUCGCUGUGCGUGGACCUGAACGACAACGAGCUGACGCACUUGGAAUCGAUUCACUUAUUCGUGGAGAUGCUGGAUCACUUCUUCGCCAACGUGUGCGAACUCGAUCUGGUGUUCAACUUCCAGAAGGUGUACUUGCUCGUGGAUGAGUUUUUAUUGGGAGGGGAGGUGCAGGAUACGAGUAAGCGGGCGAUCAUGGAGCGAUUGGCGGAGCUGGAGCGGAUCAAGGACUAG